CAGAAGUGAUGGUUGCGUCGGAUCUCUGAAUGUUCCUAGUCUAUUAGGAGUCGGAUGAAACUUCGCAUGAAGAGGGUUACACUGAUGAUGGCACUCCGAUGGACUCUUUUGUUUAUACUCAUGAUUUCAGGAGUUGUUGUUUCCCAGCAGGAGUGGAGUGUGAAUUACCCACAAAAAUCUAUCUGUGCUGUAAAGGAAUCCACAGUGACUGUGGGCUGCAGCUACGUGUAUAAUGCGACUAAUUCCACAGUUCAAGAAUCUUUUUGGAGUAAAAAGUUGGAUACAAACUACAAAAACAGGAUUCAGUAUCGGAAUGAAACGACACACGAUUGCAGCCUCAUCAUGAAGGGCGUUACACAAGAUGAUCAAGGGAAUUAUUUUUUCACCAUUCUAACGUCAGAUGGAAAACGGCUUCAAGGUGAAUCAGUUAAGCUUUCAGUCACGGAACCUCCAAAAAGAGUCUCAGUGUACAUCAGUCCCUCUGGUGAUAUAAUAGAGGGCAGUUUUGUGACUCUGACCUGCAGCAGUGAUGCAAACCCACCUGUGGAGACCUACACCUGGUUUAAGGAAAGACAUUAUGUGAAAACUGGAAAAACUUACACCAUCAACAUGAUCACCUCUAUGGACAGUGGAAACUACACGUGUGAGGCUACAAAUAAACAUGGACAUAAGUCUUCUAUGGCUGUCUCUCUGAAUGUCCUGUAUCGUCCUAAAAGAGUCUCAGUGUCAAUCAGUCCCUCAGGUGAGAUCAUGGAGGGGAGAUCAGUGACUCUGAACUGCAGCAGUGAUGCAAACCCACCUGUAGAGACCUACACCUGGUAUAAGGGAACAUAUUCUAUAACCACAGGAAAAACCUACACCAUCAACCAAAUCAACUCUGAGCACAUUGGAGAGUACAUGUGUGAGGCUAAAAAUAAACAAGGACAUCAGUUCUCUAGGCCGGUCUUUCUGAAUGUCUUGUAUCCCCCUAAGAGCGUCUCAGUGUCCAUUAGUCCCUCUGGUGAGAUUGUUGCGGCUAGUUUAGUGACUCUGACCUGCUACAGUGAUGCAAACCCACCUGUAAAGACCUACACCUGGUAUAAGGUGAAUGAAAGCUCACCUGUAGGAUUCGGACAGAGUUACAGCUUCAUGCUGAGCUCCAGCAGCAGUGGAUGGUUUUAUUGUGUGGCUCAGAAUAAAUAUUGGGGUGAGAAAGCAGCUGCAGUGCAUCUCAGUAUAACAGGUCGCAUCAGGAAGUCUUUUGUAGCCGUUGGAUUUUUGCUCUGUGGGAUCACAGUUCUUUUCAGCAGAUAUUGCUUUAUAAGGAUGAAGAAGAUGAUGAUGUCUAAUCAAAACAAUAUGAAUACUGUCACUCGUGAUGAAGAACAGACGUACACACAUAUUGACCUCAGUUCUAGGUGCCCUAACGACAUCUACCACACAGUAGAAAUGGUUCAUCUGAAUCCCCCUGAUAACAUGUACAGAGCUCUGGAUCCUCAGACCAGGUCCUCCAAUGACAUGUACAACACACUUGCAAACGGUUACUACAAUGUUCCUGAUACGAUGUACACAGAUGUGGACUCUCAGCCCAGUUCGUCUGAUUACUACAAUCUACCACCUGCAAGAAGGUUACAGUGAGAUCAUCAGUCUGGACACCAUGUCGAAAGAGAGAGAUGCUAGCAAGAUGGCCAUUGCUGAAUUGUUCUGUUUUUGAACUGUGAAUUAAGAUUGACCUCAAACUUUAAAACAGUUUGAGGUCUAAAACAGAUGAAAAUGAAGAAAAACAUCACUUUCUGUUCUGAAGAGUUUCUCUAGUUAGAAACUUUAAAGCUCAUUAAAACUGUUGACAAAAACAAAAACUCAAAUUCUUUCAAAUGUCAAAAACAUUGUCUACAAACCAUAAAACCACUUGUAGAACCACUUGUUAAAAUCUGAAUUACUUCAAACUACUAUCAAAGCAAGCUGGAUAAGCUUUGAAAUUUUCUAAUAAGCUUUUUCAAUUUAUUUUAUUUUUUUUUACAUUUAUAUAAAUAAAUCUAACUAUUAAUAAACUUUCUUUCAGCUUUUCUCAUUAGGGGGCGCCACAGCGGAUCAUCCGC